AUGGCUCUCUCAGCACCCAGCACGGACGCACAAGUCCUCAUCGCCCAAGAAACAAGCCCUGAGCAAAUCUUCCAGUCCUUCACAGCUGAUACAGCUUGGAAACUAGGAAAUGCCCUCCGCAACCGCAUCCUCUCACUCCCCGACAACCAACGCAAGCCAACCCUGAUCUCCAUCGCCCUGGCCACCGCCACAAGCGGCGGCGGAAGCCUCCACAUCCUCUUCCAAUCAGCCACGGAAAGUGGAACAAUCCCCGAUAACGAGAACUGGGUGCGACGGAAGCGGAACACUGUCCUGCGGUGGGGUGUGUCAAGCUGGACGAUGCGACAGAAGGUUGCAUCGGGGCUUGGAUUUGCUGCGAGCGCUGACGCUAUUGAAAGUGCUUUUGUGAAGAAGUUCGCUCUUGCGAGUGGGAAUGGGGGUGCUGUUGCAGAUGAGUAUGCUAUCCAUGGAGGUGGAUAUCCUAUUCGUGUGCGUGGGGUUGAUGGGGUUGUUGCUGUUGUGGUUGUUAGUGGAUUGAAGCAGGAGGAUGAUCAUCAGGUUGUGGCGGAGACUAUUAAGGAGCUUGUUGCUCAGGGAAAUUAG